CACCCAUACUCCUCCUCAGGCUCAGCAGCGGAUACUAGCCACAUCAUGGGCUCACAGGCCCCAUCUCAGGGUCCCAUACAGACUCUCAUCUUCUUGGAUCUGGAGGCCACUGGCCUGCCCUUCUCCCAGCCCAAGAUCACAGAACUCUGCCUGCUGGCCAUCCACAGGUGUACUCUCGAAAAGCUCCUAACCCCCCAGGGGCCACCUCCACUGCCCCGCAUAGUGGACAAGCUCUCCCUAUGUGUGGCUCCAGGGAAGCCCUGCAGCCCUGCGGCCAGCAAUAUCACAGGCCUGAACACAGCCGCACUGGUAGCAAAUGGGCGUGGGUGCUUCAAUGCCAACCUGGCCAACCUGCUCCGAGCCUUCCUGCAGCGCCAGCCACAGCCUUGGUGCCUCGUGGCUCACAAUGGUGACCGCUACGACUUCCCCCUGCUCCAGGCAGAGCUGACCGCACUGGACCUGGCCAGUGCUCUGGAUGACACCUUCUGUGUGGACAGCAUUACAGCCCUGAAAGCCCUGGAGCGUGCCAACAGCCCCUGUGAGUGCGGUCCAAGGAAGAGCUACAGCCUGGGGAGCAUCUACACACGCCUCUACGGGCAGAGCCCACCAGACUCACACACGGCAGAAGGGGACGUCCUGGCUUUGGUCGGCAUCUGUCAGUGGAGGCCACAGGCCCUGCUGCAGUGGGUGGAUGCUCAUGCCAGGCCCUUCAGCACCGUCAAGCCCAUGUACAGACUUAAAGGCACCAGUGGGACCAAUCCAGGGCCAGCAGCUGCCAUAGCCACUGAGCCCCUCGGCACAGCCAGGAACACUAGUCCCAACCUUGGAGGGCAAAGGAGGCCCACAGGUCAUCUUCCCAUAGAGAGCCCUGGAACCCCAACCAGGGAGGGGCUGCUACUGGGCCUGCUGGCCUUCCUGACCUUGGCAGUAGCCACAUUGUAUGGGCUGUCCCUGUCCAUGCCUGGACAGUAG